UGCUUCAAUUCCUCGCAAAUGAUUGGCCAACAGUUUUUCUAUGAGCGUUCAUUCUCGCUCUGAAAACGCCAAAUACGCUUUCAAACCAAAAUGGAGGAUUUGUCGGUCGAGGUGUACGGUGAAAAUGGUGCUUAUUAUAAGGCCAUUGUCACCGACGUGCUCGACAACGAGGUUCUCGUAACCUUUGAAAAUGACUGGCAGCCGGAAUCAAAAUUUCCCUUUUCUCAAGUGUUCUUACCACCUAAAGACACCGGCAAACACACGGAAUUUGUGGUAAAUCAAGAGGUGGAGGUAUUUGCAAGAUCGAACGACAAAGAAGCAUGUGGGUGGUGGACAGCAAAUAUCAAGAUGAUGCGGGGGGAAUUCCUAGUGAUAGAGUACUUGGAAUGGGACAACUGCUACUCGGAAAUCGUGCCCGAAGAUCGGCUCCGGCCGAAGACGCCCAAGACGCCCAUCGACAAGAACACUUUCCACAAGUUCGAAAUACCAGUGCCCGAUGACCUCAAGGAGUACGCGAAGGUGGAGAACGCGCACAAGGAGUUCCAGAAGGCGAUCGACGCGGCGCUGGUGUGGUACGUGCCGGAGCGCGGCGUGCUGGCCGUCAUCUCGCGCUGCGACACCUCGCAGAAGCGCGCCACCAUGCUGCAGGAGAUGCACUUCAGAAACUUAACACAGAAGCUGCUAUUAUUAAAAAAGACUGAGGAAGCGGCGAGACAGUUGGAAUCGACGAAAAUUCACAGUCAGGGAGGGUACUCGGACGAGUUCAGCGUGCGCGAGGAGCUGAUGGGGCUGGCGAUCGGCACGCACGGCGUGAACAUCCAGCAGGCGCGCAAGGUGCCCGGCGUCACCAACAUCGAGCUGGAGGAGGUCACCUGCACCUUCAAGAUCUGCGGCGAGUCGGCGGAGGCGGUGCGUCGCGCGCGCUCGCUGCUCGAGUACGCCGAGGAGUCCAUCAUGGUGCCGCGCGCGCUCGUCGGCAAGGUCAUCGGCAAGAACGGCAAGGUCAUACAGGAGAUCGUCGACAAGAGCGGCGUCGUCAGGGUGAAAGUGGAGGGCGACAACGAGCCGCAGCCGUCGGCGCCGCGCGAGGAGGGCAUGAUGUCCUUCGUGUUCGUCGGCACGCGCGAAAACAUCGCCAACGCCAAGGUGCUCGUCGAGUACCACGUCGCACACCUCAAGGAGGUGGAGCAGCUGCGCGCGGAGAAGCAGGAGAUCGAUCAGCAGCUGCGCGUGGUGCUGGGUGGGUCGGGCGCCUCGUUCCCCGCGCCGCGUGGAGCCCCCGCCACGCGCGCGCGCCGCCCCCGCCCGCCGCCGCAGAGGUACCCGCCAGGCGGCAGACGGACGACGCCGGAGCUGGGCGAGGAGCGCGGCGACAGCGGAGGCGCGUAUCGCGGUCGAGCGCGUCCGCCGCGCCCCAACAGGUCUAGUGAGCGGCGCGGCGAGGAGCGGCGCGUACCGCUGGAGAACGGGCGCGCACACCCCCGCCCGCCGCGCGACCAACGUGAUCAACGCGACCAGCGCGAGCCCCGGGAACCGCGAGAGCCGCGCGAGCCUCGGGAGCCUCGCGACCAGCGCGACACUGUCAGUACACAACAAAGCGGGCGGCGGCGCGAUGGAGGGCGCGAUGGAGGACGCGAUGGAGGACGCGAGGGUGCGCGCGAGGAGCGGCGGCGGCCGACAGAGGAGGAGGCAGUCGCACCUGAUGUACAGGAUGUCUCCAGCGCAGACAGAGAGUCGGCAUCUUCGGAGGAGGGGCGCGCGGCCAGCGAGGGCGGCGCGAGGAGGCGUCGGCGACGUCGUACUGGAGGUACCGCACACCCCCGCACCACUCACCCCCCUCCCCCGCAUGUACACACACACACACCGCACCAUACUAGAGUAGUUGUUGAAAAUUGCACACACAAGGAGACCGCCGCGAACAUUCAAUAUUCAUGGCUUGUCGUGUUUCAUGCAAUUGCUCACCUGUCAAUAAAAACUGCUUGAAGCAGACAAAGUGUUGAGUGUACUUUCUUGAGAAGACAGGCGACUGCAGCGCAUGUGUCGCUGAGAAAGUCGCUCCUAGGUUGUCGUCAAAAGACACUAUUUUACUACAAUUUACUUAACCUAAUUUCAAUAAUUCAAAAAUCUUUACCAUUUUGAAAUACAACCAAAAAUGAGUAUAUUUGUGUAGCAAAACAUGAUUUGACAUUUCUGAACCCAAAUGUAACCAUGAAAUGAUAAAUUUUUCUUCAAGUUAGCCUCUCCUACAUCAAUAUAUAUUUACAAUGCAUGUUAUACAAUUAAUGAGCUUCUUGAGUAUGUGGUUGAUACUAUUUUUAAUAAUACAAUGUAAUUACAAUAAUUAGCUGUAGAUAGCGCAUGAAUAUUUACUUAUCUUUAAUGUAAAAUAUUCCACGAUGUAAUAUUUUCAGAUUUCGACUAACUGUUAAACAUAUCAAAAUAAUUGUCAUCGUAUUGUAGCUUGAUUUUACUGCAAUUGUCUUUCCCACAGAGAAUCUAAUCUCAUACUGCAAUGAUGUAUUAAUGUGUUACAUAUUGUGCAAGCUAAUGUUAAAUAAAUCACGAUCGUUAGCUACUCUCACACGGACACAUCUUAUUAUUUGUUAUAUUUACAAGGGGAUCGA